CACGUGACCCAGACUGUCCAAUCAGCAGUCCCCAGCGGUCAGUGGGGAGACGCGCCAACACAAUCCUCCUCGCGGCUCCUCGGCAGCUCCUUCCACCAUGGCUGAGCCCAGCAAGAGAAAGCGGCUGAGCGGCGGCGUCCACCCCGCCUCGCAAAGCUCCAGUCCCGGCACAGCGGGCCUGCUGCUGGACAGUCAGCGGAACGGAGAGGGCUCGGCGGCUCGGUUUGUCGAGGGCUCCAUACUUCGCAUCACCAUGAAAAACUUCCUGACGUAUGACUACUCGGUGGUGCAUCCUGGACCCAACCUGAACAUGAUUGUCGGGGCCAAUGGAACUGGCAAGUCCAGCAUUGUGUGUGCCAUAUGUCUGGGUCUGGCUGGCAAAACUGCUGUCCUGUGCAGGGGGGACAAGGUUGGACUCUAUGUGAAGCGUGGGUGCAAGAAGGGAUUCAUUGAGAUUGAGCUGUAUAAGAGGGGCGGUAACGUGGUGAUUAACAGAGAGAUUCACGUGGAGAACAACCAGUCGAUUUGGAUGCUUAAUGGAAGACACUCCAGCCAGAAGGCGGUGGAGGAGGAGGUCAAGUCCUUACACAUCCAAGUCAGCAACCUCUGCCAGUUCCUGCCUCAGGAGAAAGUGGGUGAGUUUGCCAAGAUGUCCAAAAUUGAGCUGCUGGAGGCCACCGAGAAGUCGGUGGGACCACCGGCGAUGUAUGAGUACCACUGCGAGCUCAAGAACUUCCGCAACAAGGAACGAGAACUGGAGAGCGUAGUGAAGGAGAAGGCCGACUUCCUUCAGAAGGCCAGGCAGAGGAAUGAGAGGAACAAACUCGACGUGAAUCGCUACUAUGAAAAGAAGAGGCAUCUGGACUUGAUCGAGUUGCUUGAGAAGAAGAAGCCGUGGGUGGAGUAUGAGACGGUGCGAAAAAGGCUGGAGGAUGUGAAGAAGGAGCGUGAGGAGGCCAAACAGCAGCUCUCCUCCCUGCGGCAGACCCAGGCCCCCAUGCUGAAGAAGAUCCAGGCCAUCGAAAACCAACUGAAGCCCAUUGACGCACAAAUAAAGGCUAAGACUGUCAGUAUCAAAGAAGCGGCUCAGCGGUGCAAACAAAAACAGGAGCAGCUGGACCGAAAACAUAAAGAGAUUGAUGACAUUAAACAGACGUUGACAUUGAAGCAGAUGGAGGAGGAAGACCACCGGAAAAGAAUCAGCAACACGAAACGGAUAAUUGAUGACUUGAAGGCAGAGCUUGCCAACGUUGGUGACCAACCAGAUGUCACUCCUCAGAUCGAUGCAAUCAAUGCUGAGCUGAGGAGCAUCCAGGUAGAGCGGGGCAAGAUUGACGGAGAGAAGGCCGACCUGCGCAGGGAGGGAGACAACCUCAGUGCACAGGCCAGAGCUUUGGAGAAAAAGCUCAUAGACAUGAACAACAUGAUGAAGGUCAAAGAGGAAAAGCUGCGGUCGCGACACAGGGACACACACAGCGCCCUCGAGUGGUUCAGGCAGAACAGAGAGCUCUUCACUGGAAAUGUCCAUGAGCCCAUGAUGCUGGUGAUCAAUGUCAAGAACCAUGGCUUUGCUAAAUAUGUGGAGAACCACAUCCCCUUCAAUGACCUGCGGGCCUUCGUCUUCCAGAGGAAGGACGACAUGGAGAAGUUCAUGGAGGAGGUCCGUGAUAAGUUGAACUUGAAGGUGAACUCGAUCGCGGCUCCAGAGGAGUCGUGCUCUAGGCGGGCCCCUUCCCGACACAUUGAGUCCUUGAGGCGAUUUGGGUUCUUCUCCUACCUGCGUGAGAUGUUCGACGCCCCUGAUGAGGUGAUGAGUUACCUGUGCCACCAGUACAGGGUGCAUGAUGUCCCUGUGGGAAAUGAGCAGACCAAAGCCAUGAUCAAAACGGUGAUCGAGGAGCCCUACAUCAAGAUUCUGUACACAGCAGAGGAGAGAUACAGCGUGAAGAGGUCGCUGUACUCCCGCAACAUCAGCACCAGUAACUCUGCAGUUCACCCCUCCCAGUACCUGACCAUCGCUGUGGACGUUGACCAGAAACGCCAGCUGGAGCAGGAGAGGGAGAAUUGUAAAGUGAGGCUACAGGAAAUUGACCAACAGAUGAAAGCCUUGCAACAGCGAACUGUCCAACUGGAUCGCCGUGAAAAUGAUCUGCGCAAGGAGAAGAAGCACCUCUCUGAGCUCAGGGGCAAAAAGAGACAACUGGAGCAGAAAAUCAGCACUAAGCAGGACAGUCUGAGGCAGAUGGAGCAGGGCGGUGUGGACCUGCAGAAGAUCAGGGAAGAGACAAACCAAAAGAUCUCGGCGGUCAAUUCCCAGAAAGUGGCCAUAGUCAGCGAGUUCAAGUCACAAAUGAAGCUGAGAGCCAAGCUGAGCAUUGAGAAGGUGUACCUGGCCCUGGAGACGGUGGGGCUGACCGCUGAGAAGACCAAGCUGGAGAAUGACUGUCGAGAAGGCGCCGUUGAACUCAAGACCCUGGACCAAAGAUGUGCACGUCUGGAGCAGCUGAAGAACCAGCUGACAGAAACGUGCAAAAGCCUGAUAAAGAGAGCCAGGGAGAUCUGUAAGAUGGGCCCUGGAGAGGCGCUUUCUGAAGAGCUGCAAACGGCUCUCAGCAGGCUGCCUGACACGCUGGACGAGCUGGACGCCAUGCUCAAUGAGGAGCAGUCCAGAGCAGACUGCUUCACCGGCCUCAGCGAGAGUGUUGUGGAGGAGUACAACCGGAGAGAGCAGGAGAUCAAAAACCUGGAGAAGGAGCUUGACGAUAAGAGCAACGCCCUGAACGCUUAUCGACAGAACAUAUCAGAGGCUAAGGAGCGCUGGCUUAAUCCUCUAAAGCAGCUGGUGGAUCAGAUCAAUGAGAAGUUCAGUGAUUUCUUCCGCUCCAUGCAGUGUGCCGGAGAGGUUGAUCUGCAUUAUGAAAAUGAGGAGGAGUACGACAAGUACGGGAUCCGUAUUCGGGUGAAGUUCCACAGCAGCACUCAGAUGCACGAGCUGACGGCCCAUCACCAGAGUGGGGGGGAGCGCAGCGUCUCCACCAUGCUCUACCUCAUGGCCCUGCAGGAGCUCAACCGCUGCCCCUUCAGGGUGGUGGAUGAGAUCAACCAGGGAAUGGAUCCAAUAAACGAGAGGAGGGUCUUCGACAUCGUGGUCCGCACAGCGUGUAAAAAGACGACAUCCCAGUACUUCUUCAUUACACCCAAACUCCUGCAGAACCUCCAGUACGCCGAGGAAAUGACCAUCCUGUGUGUCCACAACGGUGCCUACAUGCUUCCUCCCAACCAGUGGGACGAGCAGGCCUUCAUCAGGCAGCAUUUGCGAAGAAAAGCGAGAGCUUGAAUCCUCCGGCCCAGCCUCACACUCACUUAAAUUGACAGGGUGACUGUUUAUUUUCAAUUCAGUCAAUUCAAAAGGUGAGGUUGAAAAAAAAAUCAAUCUGCUGCUCAUCAGUUCAUGAUAAAGCAUUUAUAUUUUGGUAUUUUAUGUCAGAUUGGAUGUAUGAACUUGAAAAGAAAAAAAGCUUCAAAUUUUUCUAAAAAACAUUGAAUGUGGAACUUGCUUGGAUGUAAUCCAAUCUCUGGUCUGCACUGCAAGAGUUUUUAACAGAACCUGAAGUUAAUGUUCACUUGUUACUCAUUUAGGCUUUUUUUUUAGUAACUACUUCAAAGGAAUAAAUAUAUAAAUAAUAGAAGAUAAAUAAGCAGUGAGCUCCUUUGCUCAUUUCGCAUUUGCACAUUUUUGUAAUUCAUGCCAACUGCUUCUUCUGUUUUCAACUGUUUCAUCUUUAUGGUUGCUCUCAUGUUUAUAUUUCAAUAAAAUUGUCUCUUUUUU